AUACUUCUUCUGCUAUCGCCGCAGUGGUUAUCCUCAUAUCAGAACGAAACGUCAAUGAAGCACACGGUCUCAAGAGUACGCUUUUCAACAUAUUGGUCUUCUCAUCAUGUCGUCAAAAUACGUCAAGCGAGUCACCCUCUUCAAGGUUCCGAAGGAGGAAGAUAUCGAUGCCAUCAUUGCGGAGUAUGGGACAAUGCGAACCAGUGCUCAGAAGGAUGGAGCGCCAUACAUCGUAUCUAACGAGGCCACCCGAGUCACGAACGCAUCCGAAGAACGAGCUCAAGGCUACACCCUGAUCGCGGUAACAACCUUCAAGUCGAGAGAAGAUUUCGACUAUUACGACAAGCAAUGCGCCGCGCACAAGAAGCUUCGCGAGUUCAUAGCGCCACGGCGAACAGGGUUUGCAACUCUGCAGUAUGAAAGUGAGCUUGGGUCGUGAAGGUUGGCAGCAAUCCCAGAGGUUGAGUGAAGCAGUAGCUAUACGUCUACCGGAUUCCGAGUAACAUGCCAUCUAAGUAGAAGAAACUGGCUGCAUUUGUAGGUUGGAAACGAUGCUAAAUUGGAAGAUCGUCGCUCAGGAUUAUGCUCUGGCUCGAUCGCUGUGCGCCUUUUGGAGUUGCUUUCUCCGACCAUUCUUUCGGUGUGCGGUUCUCACGCUUCAUCUCAAACCAUAGUUCCUUGUGCAAUUUUCGG